AUGAAGACCUGGGUGAUAGGCCACAGCAUUGUCCAUUGGGCAGCGGAUUAUGCACGGUCUCAAAAUUGUGGCCAUAACCUUAACAUCCACCCCAAGGUACGCUUUUAUUGGUUGGCCCAGCGGGGCAUGCAUUGGCAGAGCUUGAUGCCCAUGCUGCGUAGUGCCGCAGCGACCAAUGGCCCUCCAAGGGUCUUGAUUAUACAUGCGGGGGAGAACGAUCUAGUGGAGCAAAAAGGCAUUGCCCUUGUCCUUGCUGCAAGGGCAGAUCUAAAAAGCCUGCAUGCCUUGUACCCAUCAAUGACCAUCGGCUGGUCCAAUCUCCUACCCCGUCUUCACUGGAGGGGGGCUUCCAAUCCCUCUCACCUCAAUUACACGGUGAGUAAAAUUAACAGGGCCAUGUGCAACACCAUGCACCAAAUUGGUGGGUUCUCUAUCCCAUAUCCCACCAUCACAUCAGAUGGAGUUGACCUAUUCCGGGGGGACGGGGUGCACCUGACCCCACUGGGCAAUGACUUCUGGCUCCAUGACUUGCGACAAGCCCUUGGGGACCGGAUAGAUUGCGGGGUUUAA